GAAGAAACUUCUCUCUAAAAAGCCAAAUAAAAAUCCAAUAAUCUUCUUCUUGUUCAUCUUCUUGCUCUUUUAUACAUUCUUGAACUAUUUUCAGUAAUUAUUUACAGAAGCUUCACAGUUCUUGAAAAUGCUAAAUCAGUAGAGCAAGAAAGCACAGAUCUUUACUCUACUCUCUCUCUCUCUCUUUCAACUCGAAAGAUUAAACGAUGAGAGAGGAGGAGAAAACGCGUUUUCUGAAAAUGCGGGUGCGUUUUCCGAUGAAAUCAGCGGUUUUAGCUUUCGUCGUCUUUUUGGUGUUUAUUUCGCAGUUCGCCGUCGGAAUACGGUUGGUUCCGGGGAGGAUCGCCGCCGUCUCCGCCACCGUCGGCAACGGGUUCGACCUCGGACCAUUCGUGGAAGCUCCGGAGUACCGAAACGGCAAGGAGUGCGCGUCGCAAUCGUUAAAUAGAGAGAACUUCGUGUCGUCUUGCGACCCUUCGCUCGUUCACAUCGCUAUGACGCUCGACUCAGAGUACCUCCGUGGCUCAAUCGCGGCCGUCCAUUCAGUGCUCCGCCACGCGUCGUGUCCAGAGAACGUUUUCUUCCACUUCAUCGCUGCCGAGUUUGACCCGGCGAGUCCACGCGUUCUGAGUCAACUCGUCCGAUCGACUUUCCCGUCGCUGAACUUCAAAGUCUACAUUUUCCGGGAAGACACCGUCAUCAACCUCAUAUCCUCAUCGAUCAGACAAGCCCUCGAGAACCCAUUGAACUACGCUCGAAACUACCUCGGAGACAUUCUUGAUCGCUGCGUCGACCGAGUCAUUUAUCUCGACUCGGACAUCAUCGUCGUCGACGAUAUCACCAAGCUGUGGAACACGACGUUAACCGGGUCAAGAAUUAUCGGAGCUCCGGAAUAUUGCCACGCAAACUUCACCAAAUACUUCACCUCAGGUUUCUGGUCCGACCCGGAUUUAUCCGGAUUCUUCUCGGGUCGAAAGCCUUGCUAUUUCAACACGGGAGUGAUGGUGAUGGAUCUUGUUAGGUGGAGAGAAGGGAAUUACAGAGAAAAGAUCGAGACUUGGAUGCAGUUACAGAAGAAACGAAGAAUCUACGAUCUUGGUUCGUUGCCACCGUUUCUUCUCGUCUUCGCAGGGAACGUUGAAGCAAUUGAUCAUAGGUGGAACCAGCACGGUUUAGGAGGAGACAAUGUACGAGGAAGCUGUAGGUCUCUGCAUAAAGGACCAGUGAGUUUGUUGCAUUGGAGUGGGAAAGGGAAGCCAUGGGUUAGGCUUGAUGAGAAGAGACCAUGUCCUUUGGAUCAUUCAUGGGAGCCGUAUGAUUUGUAUGAGCAUAAGAUUGAGAGAGCUAAAGAUCAGUCUUUGCUUGGCUUCUCUUCUUUGUCUGAGUUAACAGAAGAUUCAAGCUUUUUGUGAGAGAGUAUGUGCAAGUCAAACAUUCUUUUUUUACGUUAUGUUGUAGUUUCAAUACAUUUUUUUGGUUGUGUGCACAAAUUUGAUUAGCGAGAGAGAGGAAGAGAGAGUUUGUAAAACUAGUUAGGAGAAUUCCUUUUGGAUACAAUUGUUUUUUUUUCAUAUGUUCUGCUGAUUUCAAAUCUGUCUUGUAAGCAUUUGCAUAAGAAAUCUCAAUUUUCACCGUUGAGAUA